UGCCAAGGAGGGUCGCGAAGAACGUGGCGAUCACUUUCUGUAAAAGCAGCCACCCCAUUCAGAUGUCUACGGCACAACCUGGCAAGAGCACAUUCCAAUGCCGAUAGUUAUUCAGAUUUUUAUUUUUUUGGCUGCUCGAAGUAUAAUCGCCUGGUAUUUACAAACAAAAAAGAUUGGAUAACUAGCAAAAUGAUUACAUUCUACAACUUUAUAAUCUAAAUCAUCUACAGUUUCACAUUUCCAAGAGUAAAGCUCAAUACCCAAGAAUCCUAUAUUACACAAAGACGGAAAAUAAUGGAUCCCAACUCCUAUACCGAUGUCAACAAGAGCCCGCAGUCAGCAUUCUACAGUGCCCUCUCCAAUUCGGUUUGUUUUCCUAUGCCAGUUAUGUACAAUCCCAUAAACUCAUACCCUUUCGCCCCCUUCCUGCCUAUGCAUCAUCCCAUGCUGUCCAACCAUGGACUCCAGGACUCCCACUUGCUCUCCAACAGUGAUAUCAUGGGCAGCAAUCAGCUCACAAAAGCGGAAGACAUGAGCAACAGGGCUUUGGCUUACUUGCACAGAUACCAAAUGAACAAGUGCUUCUUCUCACCACCCAGCAGGAAGUCCUUGGGGAAAUAUUGUGUAACCCCUCCCUCUAUGGUGGAUGAUUGCGGCAAGCUGUCUGGAAGUAGCUAUGGGAUUCAAAGUAGCGGUGAUUCUAAUGGCAGUGGAGUCCUGCCGUCACUGACCAGUGCUACGUCACCUACGAGUGGCGGUUACAUGGAUAAAGAGUGCUAUUUGUCGAGUCCGAGCACAGAAGUUGAAGAGCCCGAUUCAUCUGGGAAAUGUUCUACAGAUGUUAUUGAACAAAAAGUGAUACCCAGGUGGACUUGCGAUUCCAGUCAACCUCCGGUGUGCCCAAUUUGCGGUAAAACGUUAUCGCUACAAGAUUUAAAUGAUCAUUAUCAUUUAGAGUUAGACAGGCUUAAUGAUCUUAUGAGGAAAAAGGAGUGGUUACUUGAAAAUAGUCCCGAUCAGAUGUCAGAUCUGAGACUCCCUCCUUAUCACGAUGUAGAGAAAAAAUGCCCGGAAUUUCGAAAAGAGACUUACUUAAGGGUGAAAGCCAACAGAAUGAGCAGGUUAGGAGGUGGUGGACCGCGAGCGAAGAGGCAAUGUUAUGAAGAAGCCAAGCAACCAUGGAAACAUCACCGAGUCAGUCAAUUAUGUAGUCCAAAACAAGAACAUAUUGAAGAGUCUUCGACGCAAUCCAGUCAUCAAUCCAUGCUCAUGCUAGAGUUGACAGUGCAACAGUUGGCUCACCGUUCAGAAGCACGAGCAGAAGUUGCAACAGAAAAUUAUGGCCCCGAAAACAGAAACAUAUCCCAUUACCCUGGGCAAUUGCAAUCAAGCGGAGAAAACUAUCAUGAAGAUCAAAAUAAAACAGAUAUGGCUGAUAGUUCAUGUAAUGGAUUUAAUAACUUAGAGGUGGGAUCUUGUCAGCCCUCUACCUAUAGUGAUUCAACACAGAGGCAACAUGGAGAAAAUCGUUCUGAUGAGAAUCCUUGUUCCAGUGUGGAUAUAAAGUGUCAAGUUUGCAUGGAUUCGUAUAAGAAACCUGUGGUGUCCGUAUGUUGUUGGCAUGUACAUUGUGAGACCUGUUGGUUAAAAGCAUUGGGCAACAAGAGAGUAUGUCCUCAGUGUGAUACCAUUACGUCACCUUCUGACUUAAGACGGAUCCAUCUGUAACUGAAGCCAACUACGCCAAGGAAAUGCGACCAUUGGCAUUAUUUUUUUCUCUUUAUCCACGAAGUGAUUUCAAUGUCUUUUUCGUUCCACCACAUCUGGGACCCCAAAUACGCUUCAGGCGACACAUCAAUGAAAGAAACUAAAAAAGCAGCUAUGCUAAGCAAUGGAAAGAGUUUAGAAAUAAUCCAAGCUACGGAUUAUAUAUAAGUUACGGAUUUCACUUUAAUAUCUUUAUUGUGAUAAUUUUAGAACUAUUUAGAAGGCACGGCAGAUGAGACAAAACCCUUUUGUAGAAAUGCAAUACAACAUUCCCAUGGCGGUUGGAAAAUAUAGUGAGAUCUUCUUUCAUUUUGAUUGCAGGACUUCAGAGAAAAUGCGAUUAUGUAAAUGGUUAUUUAUGAGUCACAACUUACUCUAGAUAUAUAAAUAAUCAUCAUAUAUCAAAUUUAUAAAAAAAUUAUAAUUUAUUAUUUUUUGAAAAUUAACAUUUCUUUUGUUAUUUUUUUUAAAAAUUUCAUUAUGUAUUCAUGCAAUGCAAUUACACGUCACUUAAGCGUACAUAUUUUCUCCUUGCAUUAUUUUUAUUUUUUAAAAAUAAUACUUUCUCUCUCUCUCUCUCUCUCUUUUUUUUCUCUAUUAAGUAAAAGAGAAAAAUACUUUAAGUUAUGAGGAAUAUGAGAAGGCUAAACAGAUUGAUGCUACAGAACAGUUAAAAACAUAACAUAACCGAUAACAUAAAAGUAAAAGUUUAAAUUUGCACAUGACAGGGAAUAACACUUUGUAAAGACAUCAAUAGCAACUUCAGUAAUUCUGUAAAAGAUUUUCACUUUUUAAAAUAGUUUUUUUUUACCCUUGUCAUUUUUUUCCCUUUCUUCUCCUGAUAAAUAAUAUAAUAAGAAAAAAAAAAAGUUAGCGACUCACUUCAAAAAAUAAAAGUUUCAAAUUAUUUUUUUUAAUAAAUUAAAAUUUUGGUGCGUGUUUUAAAAGCAGGAUAUAUGUGACUUCAUAAAUGAUUCCUUGUUUUCAUUCGGAACAUAUAAAAUGAGAAAUGUAAGCGAUGGUUUUGUGCGUAAGCACUGAAUAAACUUAUUUUACAUAAAUUGUAUUUCUUAGAAUCCGUCAAAAUAUCUCGUAUAUGACUCCAAUAUCAAGUAAAUACAAAAAAAGAUUAAAUUCUUGCUAAAAAACAGUCAGAUAGAAUAUAUUUUAAUUAGCAACAUUCUAUACUUCAACAACAAAAAAUAUUUCCUAACAAUAAUGAACCUUAUUUUUCUGUUAUAAACAAACAAUGAAUCAUUUAUAAUAAUCCUCUACUGAUAAGAAAUUCAUUUUAAAUUAAGAAAUGCAGCAAGCGAAGUAAUAAAAUCAGAAAAUGAAUUUCUUCUGAAUUUUAAACGUGCUGAGAUGUUUAAACCCAGGUUUUGAUAUUGAAUUCUGAAGAAAUGCACAAACAUUGGAAAUGUUCAUGUUAGAAUACUAGUUCACAAGUGUGUCUCUGGUCUGAAUGAAGUCGGCCUCAUCUGUUCAGAUAAAUUGAGAUAUCUGAAGUUAUAUUUAAAUCGCAAUAUAGUUAUGGGGGUCUUAAAUGUCUUUACACAUUAGUAACAAAAAAAAAAAUCGCUCAACUGGAGGUAAAAAAAAAACAAAAAAAAAAAAAAAACUGAAUAUUAAUUGUAAAUUAAUGAACGCUACCUUUGUGUUUUAUCAGGUUUAAUCAAUAAGCUAAAGAAAACUAAUUAAUUGAGACCAUAUAUUAUAUUUUAUAUUUGAUUAAAAAAAAACCCAGCCGAAAUUGAAAUGGACUUUUCAAGUUUUUCUUUCGAUAUUUUCAACUGUAACAUUAGACUAAGUAGAUUUUCGUUGUCCAUAGUAAUUUAAAUCUUAUUCUCGCAUUUUUUUAUUAUGAUAAAUUCUAUACGACAUAACUUAUUUUGUUUCUCAGUAGGCAUUGCAUAAAUCUAUAUAAAUAAAAUAUUGUUGAGAAAUAAAUAAUUUAAUUUUGUAAUUCGUUUUUGAUUGAAAUUAAUUCAAUAUUUAAGGAAAUUUAAUCCUUAAAUGUGUAAUUUUAUGAAUCGACUAUUAAAUUAUUAAUAAAAGACAAAACUGGUAUUGUCGCAAAUGUGAACUCAUUGUGCAAUGUAGGAUCAAAUUUGGUUAAUUCUUGGUUCGCAUUCUUGAGUUAAAGGAAUUGACUCAAAAUAUAAAUUACCUGUAAUGUCAUUGAAUGGCGAGUGACGAGGUAAUUCAGUUAUAUUAACGUUCAGUAUUAAAUGACACUAAAUCUAUAACGAUAAGGAUUGUUUUGAAAUGACACUAAAGUUUAGUAAUUUCGAACCGCAUUCUGAUGAUCAAAGAAGCACUUGAAUUUUCAUCCCUUCUACAAACAUCCACACAAUGGAAGGGUAUUUGGCCUCAUCGGAUUUCAUGCACAUCAGACCUGGUUACACAGAGGUUGUUUAGUGGACUCGGUUUUCUGGCCUGGAACUCUCCGUUUCUAAAGGCGAGAUCAUAAAGUUAAGCCACCGGGGUCCUAGGAGCGAGUGUUUAAUUUAUUCGUCUUUAGCAGCAAUUUUUUAGCCUAUUUUAAUCCAUUGUUUUCCUUAAUUCAUAAUAUUUUCUGCUAAAUAAAUUUAUUUAUUUGUUAUGAACAUUUCCAGUGCUGAAAAGUAAACAAAGGUGAAUUAAAUGCUUUUAUAAAUUUUAUUGUUAGACAUCAGCAUUGUUUUAUGUAUUAUAUUAAAAAUACACUUCUUGUAAAUCUUUUGAGCGAUCAAAUACUUCAUUUUCUGUGAUCAAAUUUGAAUUUUUCUUUGUUUAGCUUGCUUAUUCUGUUUUACAUUU